AUGGGCGUGAUUGCGGGCACAGCGGAGCUGAGCGGCGCCGAUGAUAGCCUCAAGACUGGGAGGGCCACGGCCGAGGAUUAUUUGUGCGAUGUCGCGCAGAUGGCGCUGCAAAAGAUCGUGGAGGGCGGGUGCGGCGUCGCGGAAGUUUCCUGCGUGUACAAGAUGGAGGGGGCAUGCGACGAUUGGUGCACUCCGAGCACCCAGUGCGGCUACAUCCAGGACAACCCAUUCAUGAAGUUUCACGACUUCUCGUGCUCUGGUAGGGUUUCAUCAGACUACGUUGGCUACACGGUCCAGUGCCAUCCGGAGUUCACGGUCCUGGGCGUCCUCGCGCUGGUCGCGGUGGCGGUCUCCGCGCUCGCCUGCUGCGGCGGGUGCUUUCAGUUUUGCCGCCGUCGCAGCCGCCGCCGCCGGGGCGACUACUGA